UUUAUUCAGGUAAACUCGCUACAGGUACACAAUGGGAAUAUAAUGGGACACACGUAUACGAGAUGUAUAUCGUGCUGGGGUAGGGGAUUAUUUCAUUGCAAAAUCGGUCACCAAUCUUGUAUGAGUAAGGCCCUAUUAUUGUGAAUGUAAACUUUAAAGUGAAUAGUGUCAGCAAGCAAGGCAGUAUCGAUCCGGGCUUUCGAUCGAUUGGAAAUCAAUCACCAGCGGUUGAUUCAGGAAGAAAAACAAUUCACGCAGAAGAGUAGACAAUUACUAUCCGGUAGUGUUUCCUGGCCUGGAUUAACGACUUUUCCGCUAAAGGGAAAUGCUGUGGGUGACGUGUAACUGAGGAGAGGGGUGGAGCCUGUCCCCCAGGCAUGGGGGUCUACGUGGUCACGGAUGACCCUGACGAGGAAGAUGAGCCCUCCUCCAGUAUAUGCUGUGUGGGAGGAUGUCUGACCGGAUGUGCAUUCGCUCUAUUGCUGCUCGUGAUACUCCCUGCAGGUGCUCUGAUAACGUUUUAUGCCGGAAACAACAACGACUAUGGAAUCCUGUCGGUAGGAAUUUGCAUGAUCGUCAUCCCAAUCCUUGCUGUUCUGAUGUCCAUCUUUAUAUAUAUGAACCGGAGACGGAUCCGUCGAUUCCGGAAAACCAAGGUCAAUGGGACCACCAAAACCACUGCGGGGAAAGACGGAAAAACUCGCUAUUGAUGACGUCAUUAUAGACAUCGUCAAUGACGAUGAUAUAAAACGUCAUGUUUCGUCUGGUUGUGAUAAGGAGAAUAUACAUGAAUAUUCAUGAACCAUAACAACGAGAUUCCAAUCUUACCGGAGGGCUUUCUCUCAGCAAUAUGUUUCUAGAAAUGCUUCAACGAAUUGAAGUCCAAAACAAUUCCUAUUUUAGUGACUUCAUAUUUGUACAAUUACAUGCCUGUUUUCACCAUCAUCAUGUUUGAAAAUAUUCAAUACAUUAAACAUAUUGUUGAUUCAGUAACAACAAAUGAUACCCCUCUCUUGACAUGUAUGUUGUUCCAUUAAAACAUGUAUUCCAUUUUCUGAUAAAGAGAGGGUACCUCAAGUUGGAAUUCAAUUGCUUUUACUGUAGAUAUUAUUACAUUAAUUCAUACGCUAUAUUUUUCAUAUAACACCUGGAAAAUACUGCAUUUUGUCUUAAAGUGUCGUCUAAAGCUGCUAAAAACUCAAUCCUAUUGAUAUCAUUUUGUUCAAGAUUAUGUACAUGAGUUAGUCUCUAAUUGUAAACACAAAUAAUAUUUAUGAGAAUGUUCAAUCUUUUGUUUGUAUUUUUAUUUGAAGUCUACUCUUCUGAAUUAAUCUGUUGAUUAUAAUAAGAAUAUCUCGUCCAACCACUAAAUCGCGUGUUCGAAAUUCAUGUAAUGUCAAGUAUUUACAUCCCAAUUUGUUGGUUAUGGUGAUGGUUCAUUCUAGUAUACUAGUACUAACUCUCACCAAUCAACUUAAUCAAUCAUGUUCUACAGUUUACUUAGCAUAUAAAAAAUUAAUAUAUGUGUACAUGUACAUGUAGCUACUAUUAAACGAAAUCCAUUGUUUUCUGUUUGUGCCAAAUAGCGUUUUCUAUUUUUUAUUUACUGAUUUCCUUCGUUUUUUUGCAAUUCUAUUUUUGUAAUUUUUUUCUGACUAACUAGGGCUUUGGCUCACAUUUUGUGUUUGUUUCUGUUGAUAUAAACAUGUAUUUCCUAUUAGCAUUAUGUUUGUUUAUAACACUCUAUGACUAACUGUUUGUUAACAGUGUCCGCCAUGAUCAAUUGACAUAUCAGAGAGAGAGAGAGAGAGAGAGAGAGAGAGAGAGAGAGAGAGAGAGAGAUGGAAGAGAGAUGGAAGAGAGAGAGAGAUGGAAGAGAGAGAGAGAUGAGAGAGAUUAAUUUGUUGAUAUUCAAAGAUUUAUAAUGAUGAUAAGAUAUUUAAAACUAUUUUUUUAUAAUCCUUGGCUCUUCAUAUAAUUCACAAACCAAUGUUUGAUACUCCGUUAUUUUGUUCCUUAAUUGUUUGAAAAAUGUUUAUUAAUCUUACAUGGUUCAGGAGGUAUCUUUAUAUUGUAUUGUUCUUUUUUUUAUUGAAAUAAACAAUAACAUUAUCACGA